CCAUCUCUUGAUAGUGAUAAUACGACGGACCUUCUUCCCUCCACACAGGCACACGGGUAUUUCUAGUCGCUCAGCAUAGCUCCUAGUAUCAAAUUCGAUGGUUUGGCGCCCUUGCACUUGUAUUCACACUACCACAAUGGCGGGUCCAACUAUGUACCUAGAGGAGCGGAUACUGGUCGCACUGUAUACGGGCGGGGUGGGGCUCUUCUGCCUGUAUGGCAUGACAAUUGGACAAACAGUGUUCUACUACUUCAGAUACCCGGAUGACAGUCUCCGUCUCAAAGUCUACGUGGCCAUGCUAUCAAUGCUAGACACCGCAAAGUCGGUCGCGGCAGCCUGUCUGCUAUAUUACUACAUCAUCGAGUGCCGUGCCGACUACGGAACACUUCCGGUGCCCGUCACAGAUACGCUCGUUAACGUCUGUGGGUGGAGCCUAGUCUUUGCGUCUCAGUGGUAAGUGACCGGCACAGUUCUAUUGAGAAACCUCGUUCGUCGCUCAAUACAUUUGAAGUUUUUAUCUACAUUCUCUGUAUGCCCGUAAGUUAAGCCAGUCUGAUGUUGAUAGCCUUAUUCAUUGACGUUCGCCCCAAUUACUGUUUGUUCAAAGUUUUUGGAUUACGAUCGA